AAAUUCGGAUCAGAAAUCGGAAGGCCUCUCAUUCACACCGCGGCUCCCUUCAUGAUGGAGCAUGUAAGUCUGUAGUCAUGACAAGCCAGAGCAGACGACCGUGCCCCGCGCUUUUCUUGGCGGUGUUCGCUCUAAUUUUCUGUCAUUUUCACCAAAGCCCUGUAGAGGCAAACGAAGAGGCCGACCUGCUUGGGAAGUAUCUAGAUGUCCUCGAACAUCAUGAUCAAGAUCGAUCAGAGGAUGGUGGCGACGGUGGCAAUGUUUACGGCGACGGUGCCGAUGAGGUGGGUGACGGCGGCGAUGGUGGAGGUGGCGACGAUGUCUACGACCAGUAUGAUUACGAGGGCGAUGACGAGUUAGACCAAUAUGAGGGUGAUGAUGGAGACCUAUAUGAGCCGGUGUACGAUGGCGUCGAUGAAGUCACUGGCGAGGGCGACGAAGACCAGUACGGACUGAUCUAUGACAGACUUCGUCAGGCAUUCAAACAAGUCGAAUCUAAACCCGACGUAGCUGAUGUCGGUAGUGAGGAUGGUGAGGUGAAUGUGGUGAACGAAGAUGACUUCGAGUCUGCUGGUCCUAACGAGGUUGAUGUUGGUAAUGAAGCUUCAAACGAACUUGCUUUAACAGAUCAAGACCAGGGUGUUGAUGCACAGAUGCCAAACGAAGUCUACCCAAUUGAACUCCGAGAAGAGAAUCUGAAUGAGAACCUGGAAGAGUUGAACCUUAAAGCUCGAGGAAGGGGAAAUUAUCGAAAAUACGGCGGCGGUAGAGGUGGAGGUUAUGGUGGUGGUGGAGGUGGUGGAGGUGGGGGAGGUGGUGGAGGUGGUGGAGGUGGUGGGUCCAAGCCAAAACCUAAUCCAGGUGGAGGCGGAGGAGGAGGGGGUAAACCAAGACCACCAACACCAAAUCCUAACCCCUGUGAUUGCGAUUGUGGUGGUGGAGGAGGAGGGGGAGGAGGAGGUGGAGGUGGUGGAGGAGGUGGGGGAGGAUAUAAACCCAAACCAAAGCCCAAACCAAAACCGAAACCCAACCCAGGAAACGGGGGCGGAGGAGGGGGAGGAGGAGGAGGAGGAGGAGGAGGAGGUGGAGGAGGUGGAGGAUAUAAACCCAACCCCCUGCACCCAAACCCAAACCACGCCCUCCACCCAAACCAGUGCAUCCUCCUGCACCCAAACCCAAGCCCCGUCCCCCACCCGCUCCCGCUCCGCACCCGUCUCCUUCCUCUUCAGAAAGUGGAAGUGGAAGUAGUAGUGGAAAGAGCUCUCACUCUGGGAGUAAAGGGAGUCACAGCCAUGGGAGUAAGAGCAAAGGCAGUCACAGCCAUGGUCACAAACAUAGCAAAGGAAGCCACAGCCAUGGUCACAAACAUAGCAAAGGCAGUAAGAGUAAAGGGAAGCAUAGCAAGGGGAGUAAGGGCAAAGGAAAGCACAGUAGUAGGGGAAGCAGAGAGGUUGAUCUUCACCAAGAUAUGA